CAACCGGCAUACGCAGGAACGCAGGCAGGCAGGCAGGCAGUCGCGACGAACAGCUUCACGGGUAUCUUGGUUCGCAACCAGCUUGCCCUGCUUCCAACGGCUGGCAUUCUCAGAACGUCGGUCGCGAUUGGCUGGCCUUCGUGGAUUUUGUGCGCGGAAGGAUAGAGCGUGGACCCGAUCGUUGAGGCCUUGGAUAUCCUCGUUCGACAGUCGUUUGCCCUUUGUCUGCAGUUCGUUGUGACGAUAUUACAGUGGCGAUAGCUUUUCUUGGUCGCUACGUAUUCGAAAAUCACAACCCAACGCAACAAACAACAAUGUUACGACUGCUAGCAUCAACAAAAGCCGCCUCCUCGCAGGCCAGUCCAAAGCUCCAACCCGCCCUCCGCAUUGCCCAAACAGCAUCCUUCUCCACCUCCCUCCUCUUCCAAGGCACCCGCUCCAACCUCUCUCACACCCAUUUCGCCCCAACACCAACGAACCUCCUCAAACCCUUCCACCCCCUCGCCCCAACCCCGCACGCACUCCAAUUCACCCAACACCGCCACGCCGUCGCCAACUUCCGCCCCCGCCGCCUCAAAUACAAAAAAGCCCAAAAAGGCUUCUGGCCAAUCCACUCCGGCGGCUCCCUCCGCGGAUCUACUGUUUAUUACGGCGACUACGGCCUGCAAGCCCUCGAAGGCGGCCGCUUGUCCGACCGCCAACUCGACGCGGCGCGCACGGGGAUCCGGCGAGUCAUCAAAUCCGAAAAAGGCUCCCGGUUCUUCCUUCGAUGUUUUCCCGAUCGCCCCGUAACCUCCAAGGGCGCCGAGACGCGGAUGGGUAAAGGCAAAGGCGCGGUGGAUUACUUUGCGACCUUCGUAGCCGAGGGGAGGGUCGUGUUUGAAGUGAAGGGCGUGAGGAAGGAGUUGGCGGAGAAGGCGAUGAGGGUUGCGGCGGCGUGUUUGCCUGUGAGGACCAAGUUUGUGAGUGAGGAGGAUCAGAAGACGAGGAUGGCCCCGAGGGUGUUGCCGUUUUUUGUACAGAGGAGGUUGAGAGAUAAUGAGUUUUUGGAGUAUGAUGCCGCGAAGGAGGCCGCUGGGGCUGCUGGGGCUUUUGAGGUUACGGCGGCGGCUGCUGCUGGGACGUCGGGGCUUGGGAAGGUCGAAGCGAAUGAGACUGCGACCAGGCCGUAGUCUCCUUCCCUCGUCGACGUACGGAUAGAGAAUCAAAGGAACCGU